UGGUAUUACGUUGCUAUGGCAACGAAUUAUCGAUUUAGUUCAUUGAAGAGUGAGGUUCUUGUGUUGUGUUUGUUGUUGACAGUUUGUGCGAUGGAUGACGUACGUUAUUAUGAAAAUCCGUACGAGGAUUACGUUGCUCAUAGGGAAACUACUACGAAAAUUGUAUUAAAUGGGGAGAUUCACCCCCAGUUACUCGACAAACUGCACUCGGCAACAAAUUCUUUACUUGCCAAAUUAGUGACAAAGUUGGCUUCUGUCGACCAGAAUGAUUACUCCAUUUAUACUGGAACAACGGGGAUAGCAUUUUUAUAUUAUCUGUUGAGUACAAAGCAGAGCAAUCCAGAGUUUUUGAAGCGUGCCUCUGAAAUUAUUGAUACAGUAUUACCAAAACUGAAAAAUCAUCGAAUUACUUUCCUGACUGGUGAUGCUGGACCUCUGGCUCUUGGAGCUGUUGUAUAUCAUAAGCAAGGGUUGACAGAUAAUUCUAAUGAACUGAUAAAAAGGCUUAAAUCUUACAUGCCCCAAAUAAUGAGUUUAAAAUCAGACCUGCCAGAUGAAAUUUUAUAUGGAAGGGCAGGCUACCUUUCUGCAUUGUUGUUUGUGAACAAACAUAUCGCACCAGACACUAUUGAUGGUGAAACAGUGAGAAAGGUAAUAUAUGCGAUUUUGCAGUCAGGAAAUGGUCUGGCACGUCUUGAAAAUCACAAUGCUCCAUUGAUGUACAAAUGGCAUGGAAAAUAUUACAUUGGUGGAGCCCAUGGUCUGUGUGGGAUCCUGUACUUGUUGCUGCAGGCUAGAGAAUACCUGAGCCAAGCCAACAUUGAUGAGCUGCUGCGCCCCACAGUGGAUUAUGUGCACAGCAUGAAGUUUGAUUCUGGUAACUUCCCAUCAUCCUUAGGACAUGCUGGUUCACUUGGGUCUGAUCGACUGGUACAGUGGUGCCAUGGUGCUCCUGGUGCAGUCCAUCUGUUUGCUCUGGCCUCAGAGGUAUUUAACAAUGAUCAGUAUUUGAAGACAGCAUUGAAGUGUGGCGAUGUUGUAUGGAAUCGUGGCUUGUUGACAAAAGGAUAUGGACUUUGUCACGGAGUUGCAGGAAAUGCAUACACUUUCCUAACACUGUAUCAGCUGACUAAUGAUACAAAGCACUUGUAUCGGGCUUGCAUGUUUGCAGAUUGGUGCACAACGUAUGAUAAGAAUCAGAACAGAGUACCUGAUCGUCCUUACUCACUCUUUGAAGGUCUUGCUGGUACCAUAUAUUUCCUUGUAGACAUUCUGCAUCCAUACGUAGCUGCAUUUCCAGGGUACACUCUGUAAUGAUACUCUGUUACUUUGGUGCAGUAGAUAAGAUAACAAAUUUCAGAUUAAAAUAACUGUCUGCAUACAGUGUCCUCUAUUUGUGUUUUAAAAUUAACAUAAAGCUUAAUUAUAUGUGUUGAAAUUGCAUAGACUGAAAAACUGAAUGUUGUUACUGUGUAACUACCUGCAUACCGUUUUGUAUUCAUAUGCUAAUUACCUUGAGCUGCUGUUAGAAAAGCUUGAUUAUGUGCCAAAGGUGGAAAAGAAAAUAUAUUCUGCAUAAAGAUUGAAUGUCUCAAUUGUAUGUGCAUGCUUCAUUAAAUUUAAAAUGUGAAUCAUUCUCAGUAAGUGUAAUUGUUGUCUACAUUACAUUUUUAUUAUGUCACAUACAUACUGUUAAAGCUGCUGGUGUAAGAUAAUUAAUUAUUACAGAUACAAUAAAUACUGUAGUUAAAAACCUUA